AUGCCGGGGCCACCAGACCGACAUGGCCCGACGACAACGCUCCACGAGCGAUCCAACUCGCAAAACAAUAAACCGGGCAUCCGCCUCGUCCCCUACUCUCCGCCCCGACUCGACCCCGAAAACCGGGCGGCAAGUCAGGCGUCAUCCCGCGAGAAUGCAGGCAGUCGGUGCUCUGGGAAUUACGACGACAAGACGGGUGGCAAUGCUGAGCACUCGAGACGUCCGAGCUGGAGGGAUGAGGUGACAGAGGGCCGUGUUGGGAGUCUUGGGUUGCCGUCACCGACUGCGCCGGCUUUCUCAUUGGCGAAGUCCAGGGAUCCGAGGGUUUCAGGAGUGAAACCUCGGGCCAGCCCCUCGGACCUCAGCCCCGCUGGGCCAACCACACCUCAUCUAAGCUCAGCAUCUGAAGUCCCAGCCAAUAUCGCGAGCCAUAAUGUGUCGGAGCCGCGGCGCUCCCGCGCCGAUGACACUCCGUCACCAGCUUCAGCCACAGCCCAGCGCCCGCGUUCGCUGUCCCGUCGACGCAACCUGCGGCUCGCAGUCCACCCAAACGGGACCUUCUCGCUGGUUCCCGAGGAGCCGCAAUCCGGCGUCUCUGACGGCAGCUUGACAUCACCUAAUCCGUCGUACGCGUCGAGAACACCGAGCGCCCAGGACCGCCCGUCCACGGACACGUGGAGCGAUCACCGUGCGAGCACUCCGUUGACGGGCGCAAGCACCGUUAUCCUGGACCAGAGCUUUUCCGAGCUAGAAAAGCUGCCUUAUUCAACGUCAUCGUCUCGCCGUUCCUCAACCACACAGUUAGCCGAGGACCCUACUUCUUCAUCGCCCUGGAACUACCGUCUUGUCGGGGGCCUGCGAAAAGUACCCGCGACACCCGACACCAAAGGGAGGCAGCCGUUGUACAGUUCAUCGACAUCAACAUCCGAGACGCAGCUGGCUCCGCUACCGGAAGCUUCCACGGCCAUCGACGACGAAGAACAGGAGAAUGCACCUACACGAGCAGUGAUACCAAAAACGUCUUUGACAUCCGUCGCAUCCAAUCAGACCAUCGAGACUGUCUCCGAGGCGACAAACUAUAAAGUCUACGGCCGCGGGUCUGUCGCCCAAGAGUCCAGCGAUAGUCUCGUCUUCAACUCACCAGGCCCCUCUAAUUGGGAAGUCUUGGGCCAGUCAUCUCCUGCCACGGCAUAUCCGAGUAGUCCCGCCACAGUCUCGCUCGGCGGCAACGAAAACUACGUUCUACACGGUGCUCCGUCGGUGUCUCCUUCAUCGUCCCUCGUUACCAUUUCCAAACAGCCACGCCCCGUUUACUCUCAAGAGAGUUUGGUUGUUGCCCCUCUGAGACCGGCGAAAAAGAGAUCGCACGAAAGAUUCGGCUACUACAAACAGCGGUCUCGAGAAACCCUCCGGUCUCGCACGGGAUCUGUUCAGUCGCUCAAGAGCUUGUCAUCCGUAAUUGCCAGCCAGGACCCCGCUCAAGCGCUUCUGACGACGCCUGUGGUACUCAACCUCGGCGGAUCAGCAACCCAACGCUUCCCAUGGUCCGUUCCACAGAGGUCUGGAUCCAGUUCCUCCAAUCCCCAGGGCGCCAUCGCCUUCAGGCCGCCGGCCCCGAUGCUGCCGUUCCAACCCCACCAAUGGAGUUCCCAGCUGUCCACAGUCAUGUCCGAAAGCGAAGGAGGUAGCGACCUGGCGCGUUCCGUCUCUCCCCUGUCGGACGGGAGCGGACACCAUCGCCGCCAGAGCAGCACCGGCUGGGUGGGUUCCAUGCACAGUCGCCAGAUGGCGAGCAUAUCUUCGUCCAUAGCUGGACAGCUAGAGGAGGCUGCGGGUCCCUCGGGUAGCGACUCGCUCGAGAAGCCACAGCCCAGCUACGCAAGAGCGGGGCCCUCGCAGAUCCGCAUGGUGCGCGACCAAGACGAGCAUGGUGAUGGCUUGGCGGAUUUGGAACACCGACCAUCAAAGACGGGACUGGCCGCCCUCUUCAAUAACAGCUCGAGCUGGAACCUCCAUUCCAACGCCAGCUCUCGUACCAACAGUUUCACCUCGUCGAUCCCGGCUUGGGCCAGAGUCUAUUACGGCUCCGGCGAACGACGAUUUCUUGGCCGUCGUCCCUCCUUCUUGACCAUCUCCGACGGUGGAGAUAGCCGGCCUCCGAGUUCGUACCUCCCCGGUUCCCGCAGCGGGUCCCCGAACUCGGACAACUUUCCUCAGGCCAUCUUCAGCCCGCGGAAGCGGGCGAGAGAAAUCCAACCGACGACGAUUCAGCAGUCUGCCCCUGAGGAGGCCUCCAUGGAGAUCUCUCCGGCCCCCUCCCAGGGUCAGGACUACCGCAGCUUCCGGGCGCCGAAACAGAAGACGUCGAGCAUCUGGUCUCCGCAUCUCCAGGUGGAUCGUCGGGCAACUGGGUACAGUGUGUGGGAUCCGCCGAGCGUGAGCUGGUCAGCCGACAGUGGCGUUUUGGGCAAAAGGAAUGUCCAGGUGAUAUUGUUCACUCUUGGAUUUUUGCUCCCUUUCGCUUGGAUGGUUGCCGCAUUCCUUCCUUUGCCGCCCAUCCCCGAGCUGCACAUGUCUGACGUAGAGAACAACGGUCCUGCUCCUUCCGCCUCCAAGUACAGAAAAUACGUCAUGGAGGAGACGAGAUAUGAGAGCGCCAGAUGGUGGCGUAACCUUAAUCGGGUCAUGUCGUUUAUUGGUCUGCUCAUCAUCGGAGCCGUUGUCGCGCUCGGAGUCGUUGGCGGGCGACAGGGAUGGGCGCGGAGGUGA